CUUUAAAACUGUUAAAAAAUAAAAGAGGAAAAAACAGUGGUUGGGGAGAAGAGCAUUAGGGCAACGAAAGAAAUUGUUUGAUAAUGAAAUAUAGAGUUGCAAUUUCCUUGUUCCUUGGUGGUCAUCUCCCUCCCAAUUUGCCAUCUUUUCUUCUUCGAUCCAGCAGUGGUGUUUCCGUUCCCCAUGCUAGUCUCCUACAUGGUGCUCUCUCAAGGUCUACUUGUGGAAUCAGGUUCUCUACUUUUACUUCCUUCACCAAUUCACAUGAUUAUAACGAAGUAUAUUCUGAUUUUUCCAAAGAAGAUGUUGAAACAAUUGAAGCCAUUUUUAAACAACCCGGAACCCAUGUGCAUGAUAAACUCGAGCAAUGUGGUGUAAGGCCAACACACAAUCUAGUUACUCUUAUUCUUUCUCGUGCACGGAAUAAUUGGGAAGUUGCAUUCACUUUCUUCAUAUGGGCCACCAAACAAACAGGUUAUGUUCAUUCUGUGCGUCAAUACCAUUCUAUGAUAUCUAUACUUGGAAAAAUGAGAAAGUUUGACACUGCAUGGUCACUCAUUGAGGAAAUGAGAGGUGGUAAAGAUAGACCAUCGCUUGUCAAUCCUCAGACGCUCUUGAUUAUGAUUAGGAAAUACUGUGCUGUCCAUGAUGUCGGAAAAGCUAUCAGUACUUUUUAUGCAUUUAAACGGUUUAAUUUAGAUAUUGAAAUAGAAGAAUUUCAAGACCUUUUGUCUGCCCUUGUUCGCUACAAAAAUGUAAAAGAUGCCGAGCACUUGCUUUUUUGCAAUAAGAAUGUUUUCCCGUUGAAUACCAAGAGUUUGAAUAUCAUUCUGAAUGGAUGGUGUCUUGCCCGUGAUGAUUUAAGUGAGGGAAAGAGGAUUUGGAGGUUGAUGAAGGAAAAAAGGAUUCCUCGUGAUGUUUUUUCAUAUUGUAGUAUCAUGUCUUGCUAUUCGAGGGCUGGUAGACUCAAUGUUGUGCUUAAGCUUUUCGAUGAGAUGAAAUUGUGUGGGGUUGCACCUGAUGUUAAGGUUUAUAAUGCUGUCAUUCAUGCUCUUGCAAAAGGCAGGUUGGUUAAACAAGCUAGGAGUGUGAUGAAGAUGAUGGAAGAGAAUGAUCUUGCUCCAAACGCUGUUACUUAUAACUCAUUAAUCAUGCCUCUCUGCAAAGCUCGAUUACCAGAUGAAGCUCAAGAGAUCUUCAAUGAGAUGAUUCAACGAGGCAUACAUCCUACUGUCCGAACUUACCAUGCAUUGCUUCGUAGCCUGAGGACAGGGGAAGAAGUGUUCGAGCACUUGCAGAAGAUGAACACGAUGGGAUGUAUUCCAACUCAUGACACUUAUAUAAUGUUAAUCCGGAAGUUUUGCCGAUGGUGCCAACUUGAUAAUGUUUUCAUGUUGUGGGAUAAGAUGAGCAAGAUUGGCUUGGACCAUGAUCGAAGUUCAUAUAUAGUGCUGAUACAUGGACUCUUUUUGAAUGGGAAGCUGGAGGAGUCGUACAAAUACUAUCACGAAAUGAAGCAAAAAGGUUUACUGCCGGAGCCCAAGAUAGAUGAAAUGCUU